UAAUGGUUAGUAAAAAAAAUGAUGAAAAGCAAGAAACUUUGUCAGUCAAUGUUAAAUCAUUUUUUUUAAACAUUGAAAAAUGUCGUGCCACCACCACCACUGCCAUUGCUUUAUGUGUGUGUGUGUGUGUGUGUGUGCGUAUGAUAAUAUAUUAACCAUGCCGUUUUUCUGUCUGUUUGCCGGCUAAUGCAUGCAUUUAAUUAUUCAAAUUAUUCAUAUUCACAUUGAUCCAUUAAUAAUUAAUCGAUUCGAUUUCCAAAUUCAAACCAACUAAACUAAAACAAGACUUGCUGGUCUGACAAGUCAUCAUCAUCAUCAUUGUCGUCGUCGUCGUCGUUGUUUUUUCCUAUUCGCCAUUUAAUUUUUUUUUUGCAUAGCAACGAACAAAAUAUUUCUUGUUUCUCGUUCUCGACAUUUUGACGAAUUCAAUACUUUUAUUAUUAUUUACCACUGUGUGUUUGCUACCACCACAACCUCGACUGCCACUUGUUGUUGUUGUUCCAUUAUUGGCCAACAAAGCACGUUUUUCGUUCUCUCUCUCUUUGUUCGCUAUUUAUUUGCUCCAUCAUCAUCAUUAUCAACGUAGUUUAUUUUCAUACGAAACAAAAGCAGUAACUUGAUCCAUUCGCACACACACACUCAUUAUUUGGAUCAUCUGCGGAUUUAAACGGGAACAACAACAACAACAAAAAAACGUAUUGAAACAAUUUAAAUUCUGAGAGUUUAUUUAUUUUCAUUGAUUUUAUUCCGAAAUUCGAAACAUAAACCGAAUCAAUCAUGAGUUGUGAUGCCGAAACAUUUCAUAUGAUACAAAAAGUAUUUCAAUUACAAGAGGAACGUGAACAUUCAUUUAAAAUAUUUGAUGAAGCAUAUAAAAUCUACAUGGGCAAUCAAUCAAAUUGUAAUCCAACAAAAUUUCGUCAACUAGUAACGGAUGCAACUAAAGAUUUUAAACGCAUAACAAACGGUAUGAUUGAUGUAUCGAAAUAUUUUCGCCAUGUUGGUCAUGAUUAUUUGGCCACAUUGAUCAUGUCAUUACAAGAUGAAGAAGAAAAUCGUCUACAAUUGAGCGCAAAAUUACGAAUGGCCAAACAAGAAGCCAGUGAUAAUUCGGAUCAACCAAAUUUUUGGAAUAAAGUUGCCCAUUUAAAAGAAUUAUAUAAUAACAGUAUUCAAAUGAUUACUGAAUUGAUGGAAAAAUUGCGUACAGAAACGAAUAAAUUUUCCUAUUGAUUUAUAUUAUCAUUUGAACAUCCAUGUAAACCAUUGUUUUGUAUUGGAAACCAAUGAGUCUGCGGCCACUGUUGCUGUAACAGAUUAAAAAUUUAAAAAUUUUUUUCAA